CCAGGCGCUGGUUGCUGGCGGAGAGCUAGCGAGCGAUGCUGCCGCCGCCGCUUCCUGAUUGGCUGCGGGUGGCUACCUCUUUGUUCUGAUUGGCAGCGAGUGAACUGGACAAUGCUGAGCAAGGGUCUGAAGCGCAAACGGGAGGAGGAGGAGAAGGAAGCUCUGUCAGUGGACACCUGGUGGCUGGAUCCAGGCCACCCAUCCGUGGUGCAGGCACCUCCAGCUGCAGCCUCCAGCUCCCUCUUUGACCUCUCAGUACUCAAGCUUCACCAUAGCCUGCGGCAGAGUGAGCCUGACCUGCGGCACCUGGUGCUGGUGGUGAACACCCUGCGCCGCAUUCAGGCGUCCAUGGCCCCAACAGCUGCCCUGCCAUCUGUGCCCAGCCCGCCUCCAGCCCCCUGCGUGGAUGUGGAUGACAGCCUGCUAGCCAGCUCAGAUGCCGCCCUCUCAGCUUCUGUGGCCAGCCUCUUGGAGGACCUCAGUCAUAUCGAGGGCCUGAACCAGGCCCCCCAACCCCUGGCAGAUGAGGGGCCACCAGGUCGCUCUACUGGGGGAGGCCCAUCCAGCCUGGGUGCCUUGGACCUGCUAGGCCCAGCCACUGGCUGUCUGCUGGACGAUGGGUUUGAGGGCCUGUUUGAGGACAUUGACACCUCCAUGUAUGACACUGAACUUUGGGCACCAGCAUCUGAGGGCCUCAAAUCUGGCCCUGAGGAUGGGCUGGGCAAGGAGGAAGCCCCAGUAUUGGAUGAAGCCGAGCUGGACUACCUCAUGGAUGUGCUGGUGGGCACACAGACACUGGAACGGCCACCAGGGCCGGGGCGCUGACCCCUAGGGCUGGGAUGGUUGUCUGGUGUCUGAGCUGAGCCUGGUGGCUGAACCAGCCCUCCUUGGAAAGACACAGCUGGCUUCCCUUGCACAGAGAAUGGGGCCUGGGCCACUUUGGAGGGAAAGAAUCCAGUUCUGGGUAACUUCACAUUGGUCCUCUUGUCAUGGGGCUAGCACAGGAGUCCCAGUUUGGCCCCAAGGAUGGAAUGACAGGGCCUGAUGGCUGGAAAGUGUUUGGUUCAGGCCCCAAGCUGUACUGAAUCCCUUGGGGUGAUAGUCUGGGCUUUUCUUUCCCUGAUGUGGGAAGAGACCUC